AUGUCUUUCCAAGACCCCAAGAAGACGUCGCAGCUCGACCAGCCAAAGAUCCACAAGAUCCGCAUCACCCUCACCUCGCGCAAGGUCGCCGCGCUCGAGAAAGUGUGCAGCGAGCUCAUCGAGCGUGCAAAGACGAAGGACUUGCGCGUCAAGGGUCCAGUCCGUCUGCCAACCAAGAACCUCAAGAUCUCCACCAGGAAGACUCCUUGCGGUGAGGGCAGCAAGACUUGGGACAUGUUCGAGAUGAGGAUCCACAAGCGUUUGAUCGAUCUCAACGCGCCAACCGAGGUCGUCAAGCAGAUCAUCAUCAACAUCGAGGCCGGUGUCGAGGUCGAGGUUACUAUUGCCGCCUAG